AUGGGCCUAGGAGGUGGUGUCAUUUUCACUAUUUAUAAUGCCUCAACAGGAGAAGUGGAAGUUAUUAAUGCACGAGAAACUGUGCCUAGAAGGUCUCCACCCAAUCUAACAGAGCACCUCAGGUUGUCCUAUACAGGAGUGCAAUGGAUUGGGGUACCUGGAGAGCUAAGAGGAUAUGAGGCAGCACACCAGCGAUAUGGGCGACUACCAUGGAAAUCACUCUUCGAACCAACAAUUAAGCUAGUGACGAAUGGAAUUCGGGUUUCAAGCCUUAUGAGCAAAUAUCUGUCUUUCUUUGAAAAGUUAAUAAAAAAACACUCUAUUUGUCAGCUGUUGUGUGAGAAUAAAGAGGUUCUAACAGAAGGACAGGCCAUAAACUUCACCCAGCUAGGGUAUACCCUUCGAGCGUUGGCAGAUGAAGGAGCUGAUAGCUUCUACAAUGGAUCCAUCUCAAGGAAGAUGCUAGAGGACCUCCAUAAUGAGGGAAGCUUUUUGACUGCAGAAGACUUACAAAAUUACAAGGUGCAAAUUGUAAGACCUUUGAACUAUUCUCUUGGAGCCUACACUUUGUAUUCUCCUCCACCCCCAGCAGGAGGAGCUUUAGUUAGUUUCCUACUCAAUAUACUAGAAGGUUAUCACUUUUCUGCAAGCUCUGUGCAGAGUGAGACAGAACAGAUACAGACCUACCAUUACAUUGCUGAAGAAGCCUUUAAAUUUGCUAAUGGACAAAAGAGAAAACUGGCAGAGAGUCUGGCAGCUGGUAACACAAAAGAGCUUUUAGACACUCUGCUGUCACCAAUCUUCGCACAGAAGAUAAGAGAGAAGAUUGAUGACUCUGGUGAUCACACACUCAGCUUCUAUAAUGUGUCUUCUGUUUAUCCUGAAACAUUAGGCACCACUCACAUCUCUGUCAUUACCAAAGAUGGGAGUUCGGUUUCUGUCACAAGCUCCAUCAAUCAUGUGUAA